AUACCGAGCUUGAAUUCCGGAAGUAGACCCAUUUUGGGCCAUGGACCCGGGCUGCUGUGCUGAUUGGGAAAGAAAACUUUCUGUUUUUGGUCCGCCACCUCGCUCCGUCUUCGCCGUCGCCGGCGCAAUGCCCCGCCCGCGCACCAAGAAGGGGGAGCGCCGGAUCGACGCGGCCAUCGACCACUUCAUCCCCAUGGGCUACGCCACCUCCGACAUCCAAACUGUCAUCAAGCAACUCCUCGAGGUGUACGGGAAAGACGGGUGGCGGUUCUUGGAGGAGGACUCGUACCGCGUUGUGCAAGAGGCGCUCUUCGAGAAGCAGGAGUACGAAGAGCGGCGCCAGCUGCAGCUUCUACAACAGCAGCAGCCGGUUGAUGAGCAACAAGAGGAGCCUCAGGAGCAAUUGGAGGAAUCAAUAGAUGAGGUGCAAUACGAGGCACCUGAACCCACAGUUGUGGACUCCAUGCUUGUCGACCUGCCUGCAGAUAAACCUAUACUGCCACUCCCUGAAGCUACAGUAACUUAUAGUACAAGGCGACCCUGCUAUGGAUGGAUUGUUGAGUAUGAGAGUGAAUCUGACGAUGAAGAACAUCCUUCCAAUCAAAAAGACAAGCUUCAUGUUCCGGAUCCACAAAGCGUACUUUGUAAGAGGAAGCGUCCGAGUAGAUGGGAUAUUAAACCACUCAAUUGGGCUGAGAACUAAUCUUUAUUGUCUGAAAGAAAAUGUGUCAAGGGAAUUGUGCUGCAAGGCCGCACAAGUGGUGUGCUCCUCCUUGCUCUUGACUCUUGAGGCAGUCUGAAUGUGCUGACUUUUCCAUAAGGUUUGUACCAAUGGAAGUAUUCGACACUUAUGGCUUAUGCAUAACUAUUUGGAUGAUGGUGUAUGUUGUAUGCAGAAUCUAUUCAAGUGCUAACGUGGAUUCAUAAUCAUAUUAAUAUAUGAUUUGGUUGGUCUGGCUGCAUUUCUUUCGAAAUUUUAAGCAAAAGAUUCAUACUCACCUGUGCUUGGCACAGAGCCAAUUUUCCUUGUUCUUUUUUUUUUUAAUUAAUGUUGCCUCGU